AUUCCCAGCUGGCCACUCCUUCCUUGCUGGUUAUAGUUUACCCAUGCCAUGUAAACUGCUGGUUCUUGAUCUCUGCACUGUAUUGUGUUCCUGUGGAUGCUCUUCUGGAAUCCCUACCUGUCAGCACCUAUUAUCCUGCUGUACUUGCCGUAACCCAGGCUUGGUGAGGCUUUCUCCAUCUGCCAACCCUAGAGUCCCCGACUAGGAGCCUGUGCACCAUCUGCAUUGUUAACACCUGCUUAUACAAAGGCUUAUCCAGCUAUGGGCCUCACACCCCACCAAUCGGGUGCCUCACUAUCGGCAGCAAUUCGGUACUACCCGGGGUCUUCAUACUAUAGGGUGAGCUCCUACUGCUGGAGGUAUUAAGCCCAGGCAGCCCCGUAAGUACCGGUGUACGCGUCCUGUACUAAGGGAACAGUGGGAGGUUGUUAUUGGCAGAAGAACCUCUUGAGGGUUAUAGGUGUCUCGCCCUAAUAGUUCUGGAACUACCAGCUACGUCUUUCAAGUCCAAGUGUCAGAGUUUUCAUGAAGUCCAAGUUUCUGUACUACCAUGAAGUCCAAGCACUUUGAGGUUCCUAACAUUGGGGGAAGGCACUGAAAUCAAGAGAGAAGGUUGGAGGACCAGCUCUUCACCGGUGUAAUCCCUUUUACACACUCCUCCAGAAUUGUCUCAUAUCUGCAAAUGGAGGCACAAAGAAAACAUUGAUUCUUCUGACGUCUUGUGAGAAUUAUAUGGAGAGCGAACAGUGACCACUCUGGAUUGUGUGUAACCGAGGUUACCCGGAUGUCAUAUUACACUCAUCGGAGCAGGACAAUAAAGAAGGGAAAGUCGCUCUGUUCCUUGCAAUUCACAAGUAUAAACAGACCACCUAGCAGUAUUACCAGGUAUCGGGACUUCAUCUCAGACCUUCAUGACUUGCCCCCCCAUCUCAAAAAGUUUUGGUGCAGCUUGAAAAGCCCCUAUCAAAUAUUACAUAUUUUGCCUUCUAUGUCUCUAUUUUUCUUAUUAGAUAACGCACUGUCUCCCAGAUUUACAUUCAGCCACAACAACAGUGUCUGCCUGACCUUGUACAGUCUAUUAGCCCUCCUGAAAGGGGGCCUGGGUGGAGUCGUGAGGGGCUGUGUGUAGGGAGGGGGUGCAGGGCUAGAGGGGGUUUAGACGUUAAGAUGCAGAGCUCCCCCCAGAGGAGAGAAGCUGUAGAGGAGGCUGGAGGCCUCUCUCUGAACCAUGUGCUCUCGGGGGGUGGGGAAGACCACGGAGCAAGGGGGACGCAGCUGCAGAGCUGGGGAGAGGGAGAGAAUCCGAGGGAGAGUCCGGGCAGUCAUUGGUCAGCUAGAAGGAAUCUUACGGGACCUCAAAGAAGUGGCAAAAGAGCUGAGAGAGGUGGUGGAGCAGAUAGACAGACUUACUUCUGACUUUGAAUUUGAGCUGGACACUGAUGACUGGACCCCUGGAACUAUUAGUAGCACAUCCAGCAGUGAAAAGGGGGGUCCUCUGUGUGACCUGGGACCCCUGGAUUUCCUGAGUUCAGACAGUUGGGAAUUCUGCUCUUUUCUUGAAGCAUCCACUCCUUCUGAUUCUGGAGAUGGCUCAGACCGUCCUCCUGACUACAGGCUGCUUAAUGGUGGAGCCACUCCAAAUGGGCCAGACUCCUCUAGUGAAGAAACCCCUGUCCCACCACAGAAACCCCAGCCAACCAGGACCCCUGGCUCCAGAGACCGGGUGAGGUUCAGUGACAAAGUACUGUACCAUGCACUCUGCUGUGAUGACAGUGAAGAUCCCCCAUAUGGCCAGGACACUCAUCGGGACCCUCCAAGAGCUGCAGUCCCUUGUGCUGCUAUACGGAGCAGUAAAGGGGGAAUUGCUGGAGUCAGGAGGGGCACCAGGAACUGCAGUACUCAGACUGUGUGCGACAAGAGCACCCAGACUGUGCUACCAUAUGUGCCAAAAAAGGGAAAGAAGGAGCAGAAUUUAGGAGUGAAAGAAUGAAAAGGGCAAUAAGGAUUGGUUGAUCAGGAAAAUAAAAUAUAAAACUUGACCAGUUUGAAUGAGUGGAGUGAAUGAGUAGAUGAAAGAACAGAUCAGUAGGGUUUUAUAUGCAUAGAAAGCAGGGUGGAUAGCUAAGCAAAACAGGUGUCAUGUUGACAUCUCUGCACACUUAUAUACUACGGGCAAUAUAUGGUGCACUUUUUAACCUUUCUUAUGAACUAUGGGGUAGAGGACACUAGAGUGGGGGCACCUCAUAACCCACCCUGUAACCUCACAUCUUCUGCUGUGACCUCACAUGUCUUUCUGUCCCUGCGCCAAAUCUUCACCUCAUGUGUAUACUAUUAAAGAGAAAAAAUAAA